AUGAAAUAUUUUCUUUUAUUUAUUUUAUAUUUUAAGAUUUUAUUAAUAAUAAAAAUUAAGGAAAAAAUUCUUUUUUGCUAUUCUCUUUCUUAUAAGAAAAUAAAAAAUGAUUCAUUUAAUAACUUGAAAGAAAUAAAGUUAUAUAUUUAUAUAAAAAGAAAACCUAAAGAUUAUUUAUAUGUUAAAAAUUACACUAAAAAUGAAUAUAAACAGAAAGCAAAUAAUAUAAUACAAGUGAAUCUAAAUAAAUUAGAAUAUUUAAAAAACGACUCAAAGAAUUCAAUAAAAAGAGAGUUAAAUGAAUAUAAAAAUGAUGUAAAUAAUGAUAACAUAAAUAAUGAUAACAUAAAUAAUGAUAACAUAAAUUAUGAUAACAUAAAUAAUGAUAACAUAAAUAAUGAUAAUAUAAAUAAUGAUAACAUAAAUAAUGAUAACAUAAAUAAUGAUAUCAUAAACAAUGAACAUUCAAAUAAUAAUGAAAUAAAUGAUAUAUUAGAUUAUCUAAAAAAAUCAAAUAAAAAUAAAAAAUGCCUUUUUAUGAGCACACCACUAUAUUAUGGAAAUGAUAAACCUCAUAUAGGACAUGCGUAUUGUAAUAUAUUAGGAGAUGUAAUAAAUAGAUUUGAAAAAUUGUUAAAUGGUAAUAAAAAAAAUAUAAUUUUUUUUUCAGGAAUGGAUGAACAUGGUUUAAAAAUAGAACUAAAAUCAAAGAAAAUGAAUAUAAAUAAUAAUGAACAUAUUGAUAAUAUUUGCAAGUAUUACAGAAAAAUGAAUAUGAAUUUAGAUGUAAAGGUGAAUUUAUUUUACCGAACUUCUAAUAAAUUUCAUAAAUCCUUUGUUCAAAAUAUAUGGCGUUAUUUAUUAUAUAACAAUUAUAUAUAUAAAGAUGUUUAUAAAGGAUAUUAUGAUAUAAAUGAAGAAAGAUAUUUAAGUGAAUUAGAGUUAAAAGAAAAAAAAAAUAAAGAAAAUGUAAUAUAUAUUGAAGAAGAAAAUAGUUAUUUUUUUAACAUAUUAAAAUUUCAAGAAUUCUUAAUUAAUUUUUAUGAAACAAAUGAAGAUUACAUAUUUCCAAAUUAUUUACAAAAAGAAAUAAUUUAUUUUUUAAAAAAUGAUUUAAAAAAUAUUUGCAUAAGUAGAUAUAAUACAGAAUGGGGAAUAAAAAUACCAGGAGAAGAAAAAGGAACAAUAUAUGUGUGGUUUGAUGCAUUAUUAUCAUAUAUAUCAUCCAUAUUGUAUAUAAUUAAAAAAAAUAACUUAGAAAAUGAACAAAAAAAAAAAAAAAAAUCCAAAACUCCUCUUAAUUUAUAUACGGAUAAUUUAACUUCUAAUAAUUUGAAAACAAAUGAUAUCUUUUGUUCGUAUGAAGAUAUUUUAAAUUUGGCUAACAUUAAUAAUAAUAAAGGUAACAAUAUUAAUAUUCAUAAUAUUGUGAGUGAAAAUAAUAAUAAUAACAAUAAUAAUAAUAAUUUUUUUAAAUUAUUUGAAAAAGCAUGGAACCCUUUUAUUCAAAUAAUAGGAAAAGAUAUAUUAAAAUUUCAUGGAAUUCUUUAUAUAUGUUUAUUAAAAAGUUUAAAUUUAAAAUUUCCUGAAAAAAUAUUGUGCCAUGGUUUAAUAAAAAAUAAAAAUAUAAAAAUGUCAAAAAGUUUAAAUAAUAUUGUAUGCCCUUUUACUUUAUUAGAAAAAUAUAAUUCUGAUGUAAUACGAAUAUAUUUUCUUGGUUGUUCAAAUAUUUAUGAAGAUAAAAAUUUUAAAGAAGAAAAUUUACAAACUUUUGAAUUGUUUCUUCGUAAUAAUAUAGGAAAUUUACUAUAUAGAUUAUUAUCCUUAUGUCUUGCAAAUAAUUAUAAAAUAAUUGAAGAAAUAAAAUUAGAUGAUUAUAAUAAUUCUUCAAUUUUAAAUGAGUGUAGAGAUAUAAGAAAAAAAUUAAUUAAAUUCAUAAAAAAUAUGGAAUUUCCCCUUUUUUUAGAAAAUAUAAUGAUAUUAAUAAAAAAUAUUAAUAAAUUUUUUGUUCACAAAAGACCAUGGAAUUAUGUAAAUAAUUCUUAUCAAUUCAAUUUAAUAAUAUAUGAAACAUUAGAAAGCAUCAAAUUUUUUUCUAUUUUUAUGUAUCCAAUUAUACCUCAAAUUUCACUCACUAUUUUAAAGAAUAUAGGUUUAAAAAAUAUAAACGAAAACAAUAUUUCUAUAGAUAUGCUUGAAAAAAAAACAGAAAAUUUUGUAUUAAAAAAAUUAAUUAAAAUUAUUUGA